AUGCUGGACAAUCAGAGGGAGACUUUGUAACUUUUGGGUAUAUUUAUUUUAUCUAUCAAAAAAAGAUUAAAAGAAUAUCUCAAUGUAGUAUUGCUAGUUGAUUAUUUGUAAGAUAAAUACUAAAACAUAAUAUUAUGGGGAAGAUUAAUGGGAGCUACAAAUUCUUUGAUGUAUACUUUGAAACAUCAAAAUAUUCAUUGUUUGAUUUUAGAUAGUCCUUUUAUUGAUCUUGAAGAAAUAAUUAUCAAUCUCAUUAAAGAUAAAUUAGAUACACCUAAUUUGAUUAAUAAGGGAUUAUUUGAAAUAAUUAAAAGUAUGGCAUACUAUUAAUAAAAUAAUUAGGACGGAUUUUACAAUUAUUUUAAUUUUCUAUUUCUUUAGUCAAAAUACGAUAAUGUUUGA